AUGGCUGAGAGUAUAUUUGAUACCGCGACGUUUGAUUUUACAUUAAAAGUUGAAAAGCCGGAUGAUUUAUUGGUGAGCGCAAACGACGAUAACGGAAAACAACGCAAGAAGCGUAGAAGAAAAGCAAGGCUCACGGGCCUCAGUCAACAAAGACGUUGGGCAAACGAGCGAGAGAGACAUCGCACAAGGCGCGUGAAUGAUGCGAUCUACGCUCUACGCGACCGACUACCGGAUUUCCUGAAUCCGCUUCACAUAAAGCUCUCGAAGAUGGAGACAAUUUGCUUGGCGAUCAGGUAUAUCCGUCAAUUGAAGGAUAUGCUUGAAGAAGAUGAUCGCAGCCGUAGUUCCAGUGACUUUGAAGGCAUCGACACGGAUCUCUCGCCACAACUCUCCAGUGAUUUCUCAACGGAUGGAGAUUUCGAAGAAUUAUUCAAAUUGGACACUUCAUUUUUGUUACCAAGCUCACCGUCCUCGGAUCUUCUAGAUAUUGAUGAUACAGAGGAUGUAUUCUGGUGA